AUGGGUUCUACGCCAAACAAUACAGUUAGUUGCUCAGUUUUGGCGGGCGAUAAUAAUCUUGAUAAUAGGCGUAUGCAGGUAUUUAAAGAAUUCAGGGUUUUAUCUUGGAAUGUUCGCGGAUUAGUCAAUAAGUUCUCGCAGAGACAGUUGAAGGAUCUCCUUUUUCUGCACAGACCGACUUUCUGUUUUGUCAUGGAACCACAAUGCCUCUUCGAGAGGCGCGCUGUCUGGUUACAUUACAGUGGGUAUGAACGUGUGGUUAUAGCGGAAGCGACAGGUAGAAGUGGUGGCAUUUGGCUACUUCAGAGAAGGGGACACCCAUUCACGGUUUCUGUUCUUCACAUCUCGACCAGGACCAUAUCUAUUAGUGUCGGGCGAGGCUCAUGGUGCGUCAUUGGCGACUGGAACGAGGUCACUGGCCCAUCCCAAUCCACUGGCUACUCUUUCUCUCAACAUCGAGCUGAUGUUCUUAACGAAUUCCUGCAACAUUGCGAUCUGACGGUUAUUCAAAGCAUUGGCACGCCCUUUACUUGGAGAAGAUCAUCCACGGGAGUUAAUAUCCAUUCCCAGAAGUGCCUGGACUACGCUGCAACGGAUACAGAUUGGAUCGGCAAUUUUCCCUUCGGAAUAGUGGAGACAUUAAAUAGAGGGAAUAGUGAUCAUAAUCCUCUCAUAUUGCAUUGUCAUCGCGAGCCUAACAUCCAGGGACUUCCCCAACCGCCUUUUCGUAGGCAUGAGGCUUGGGCAGACCAUCCCGCUUACUUAAAGGUUAUUACUGACAAGUGGCAGCUGGGUAAUGGAGACUUCUUGCAUAAUAUGAAUUCCAUCAGGGAAGCCUCUAUUUCGUUCAAUCGGACAUGUUUUGGGAAUAUUGGGGCUCGAAAGCGCAAAAUUCAAAGACGAUUGUUGGGAAUCCAACGAAUCCAAAAUAGGGUGGAUUCGGCUCGGCUCGCAAUUCUUGAGAGGCAACUUCUUACGGAACAUAACUCCAUCCUUCACCAGGAAGAACUCAUCUGGUUCCAGAAAUCCCGGGAAAAAAUUCUCUUGCAAGGGGAUCGUAACACUCGCUUUUUCCAAACAGCUGCUAAGAUCCACAAAACUAAGUCGGCCAUUCACGGACUCCAAAUUAACAAUGUCUGGACUUCAGAAGAAGCAAUCCUCAGGGGGCAUGCCAUUGCCCAUUUUCAGAGCCGUUUUUCGGAUCAUUCCAUCACCCUUGCGGGCUGCGAAUACACGGAACCUCUUGCACCUCUUGAUCCCGACAUAGAGCUAUCGGUUACACAGUCAAUCUCCAACAUGGAAAUUAAACAAGUGAUCGAUUCUUGUCCUCCUUAUUCAGCCCCGGGGGAUCCACUUUCCCCUUAUUUGUUCGUUAUCGUAAUGGAGAAACUCACUAGAACCAUCAAUCGGGAGGUCAGUGCGAGAAAUUGGGAUCCGGUUGUGUUGUCGCGGGGAGGCCCGGUUCUCAGCCAUUUGUUAUUUGUGGACGAUGUUAUCCUUAUGGCUCAAGCUAAUGAGGUCACGGCCAAAACAGUCAAUGUAGUUCUUCAAGCUUUUGCGGAGGAAGCGGGACUUGCGAUCAACUUGAGCAAGUCCCAAAUCAUUUUUUCAGCGGCGACUCCAGAAAGAAAGCGUAAUAGGAUUCGUCAGCAGUUAUCCAUUCCUACGACGGAGGUUUUUGAUAAAUACUUGGGUUUCCCUAUCAUUGUUGGACGGCGUAAGGUAUCUCACUUUGAAUUUAUUAUUGAACGCAUCUCUCGGCGGCUGCCCCCGUGGCGUGCUAAAUUCCUUAACAAGGCGGCCCGGACUACUCUAGCAUGCUCGGUACUCUCCACUAUACCGGUAUAUUUUAUGCAAAUAGCAUGGUUUCCGGAGAAGACCUGCCAGCAAAUUGAUAGCAUUAUUAAGAGAAUUAUUUGGAAAUACCGAGAUGGGCGGGGCUUACAUCUAGUCAAUUGGGAAACUGUGGCGACGCCUCGCCGCUUGGGAGGUCUUGGUAUUCGUAAAGCUCGUCAGAUGAACAUAGCUAUGUUGGGGAAAAAGGUUAGCGAAUAUAUCGAAGGCCCUUCAUCUCUUUGGGUGGAAGCCUUGUCUGGUAGAUUUGGCAGGGGAUAUGAGGGGAUCAAAAGGCCCAAGACCCAAUCGUCUUCUGUCUGGACUGCCUUGAGGAGAUGUUUCUCCAUCAUUGCAACUGGUUUCACCUACAGGAUCGGUAAUGGGGAGACCAAUUUCUGGGAGGGUAUCUACUUUCAAGGUAAACCCAUCAAAUGUCUUGUUGACUAUGUGCAUAUUUCGGACUCAGACAAAUCUUGUCGUCAAAUGAUUACUAAUGGUAGGUGGGAUAUUCCGUCGUUGCACACGAACUUCCCAGCGCAUAUUAAGAAGGCCCUGAUGGAAGCUAGGAACCUGUACCUUCAUCCUUCCGUGCCCGACAGGUGGUGUUGGUCUGUUGGUAGUAAAGGAAAAAAUUCAGUGACAUCUUGUUAUGAAUGGUUGCUAAGACAGGAUGCUAAUGCGGACACGAAGUGGAAAAAGAUUUGGAGGCUCGACGUUCCAGAAAAAAUUAAUUUCUCCUGUUGGCUCAUUGGACAUCGGUCGCUACCUACUAAGGCGCUUCGGCACCAACGACAUCUAGAUUCUACGGGAGAUUGCACGAUUUGUGGGGAUGGGACGAAGACAUGGGUGCACUUGUUUUUUACAUGCCCGUGGACUGUUCAAGUUUGGGUCGGACUAAUUCAGCAUGGUUUUCAUAAUCGGCUGGCACAUACAAUACCAUAUGAUAACCAAUCUCUUGAUUUCAUACUUAAAGCGCCGGUGGGGCUGCGUUUUGCGCUUUGGUUUAUGUGGCUGGAACGGAAUCACAGGGUGUUCGAAAAACCGUCCGACUCCCCGUGCGCUGUUGUCCGAAACAUUUUAUCGUUCUUUCAUUAG